AUGGACGGGAUGGAAGGGGCCACAAUCCCCCUGAGCUUUCACAACUUCUGGGUGGCUUUGCUCAUGGUGCCCCUGGCAGUCUGGGUGCUGCAGAUUGCGUUUCGCCUGGGCGCCGCGGCGCUGGUGCACUACCGGCUCAGCUCAUCGCGCCCGGUGGUGCUGGAGAGGAUGAGCAUCUACGCCUCAGAGUUCCAGAUGCUCAUCCGUCAGCACUUCAACCAGGUGCUGCGCAUGCGGCAGGCGGUGCCGGCCCGCACCCUGGCAGCGGUGCCUGUAGGGGCGCACCUGCAACCAGAGAGCCUCCAUUUGGAGGAGAGCCCUGACCAAGUGAUCGUGCGCUUCCGGGCAGAUGCGAAGGCGCCUGCCCAGGUGAGCAUCUUUUGGGGGGUGACCAUGCAGGCCUGCAACGAGUUGGCCACCCGGGAGGAUCUCCGGGAACCGCUGUUCCAAGCCCAGCGCUCCCAGCAAGCGCUAAGUGCCGGCUGCGACCAGGAGGUGGUGAUAGGUGAGGACCUUACUGCCAUCCAUGCCUCGGGUUACGCUGCACCCGGCAGGAUCAUCGCCAUUUGCGUGGCAUUUGCGGGCGGUUGGCAGCUGACGCUCGUGCAGGCCCGAAGAGAGGAGUCUGGCUUGCGGUCAGAGGUGCUGCAACAACUGGUCCUGUCCGCUGGGACUUUGCACCGGGUUCAGGGGGUCUACGGCUUUGAGGAGGAGGACGGUGGCGUGGAAUGUAUGGUUUGCUACGACCGGCGCCGCAGCGUCAUCGUCCUGCCCUGCCGGCACUGCUCGGUCUGCGUCUCCUGCCUAAGGGCUCUGCGGGACGAGCGCUGCCCGUUGUGCCGCUCCACCUUUUCCGCGUAUCUACUGCUGCCGCUGCUGCAAGAGCGGGCGAGCCCCGAGGGCGCAGAGUGA